CCACCGCGUCACUUUGAGGGCGGAUAUCGGCCAUUAGUCCUCCUCCUUAGUGCAGCCCGCGUCAACUUUCCCCGCCGCACGCACUCUCUCUCUCUCUCUCCCCUCUCUUGGCUUCCAUCAGCCUUCAUGGUUCUGAUCUCACCCCACGCCAUGCAAGCCACCCGGGCGUCCACCGCCGUCAGUCUGGUUGCAGACUGCGGGAUCCCAGCCGGGCUCCGGAUAGGACCGAUGCCGGGGGUCUUUAAAUUGGGGAAGUACGUGUCGGACCGCAAAGAUUUUGGGCCCAAGAAGAAGAUUCGUUUGGUGCGGGAGGAGUUUGUGGACGAGUCGGGUUGUCCGGUGCCGGACUGGAUCGGACUCAUCCGAGCCGCCAGAAACAGUCAAGAACAAAACUUGGAGGCUGUUUCAGAACUCCCUGGCGGACAGAUUUUUUACCGAGUGAUGAGAGAAAUCCCAGCCGGAGAGGAGCUCAGUGUUUGGUAUUCUAAUGCUUUGGCUCAGUGGUACGACAUCCCCACCACGGCCACCCCCACGCAUGACGAGAAAGGCGAGGAGCGUUACAUCUGCUGGUACUGCUGGAGAAUCUUCAAGUACCCCAACACCCUCAAAGCUCACGUCCACUUCCACUGCGCCCUCAGCAACGGCCGAGGCUUCGUCAACAGCGAGCAGGCCCGCGGCACGGAAACCUUCAACCGGUCCCCGAAGUCCGGGGACAUCCCCAACACGUCCUCCUCGCCGAGGACCUCGCACAGCAUCUCAGACUCCAACAGGCGGCCUUUGUCCUCACCUUUCCUGGGCAAAGCCGGGCUGGCCAAGAGAAGCAGCGCCGAGGAGCAGGACCGAGCCCUGGACAUGAGCGUCACCUCGUCCCGCAACCACGCACACAUGCUCGGCCUCGGCUCGGCGUCGUCGGUGCUGACAUCCAUGGGCUUCCACCCCGGCGUGCGCUCCGCCUUCAAGCCCACCGGCGUGGCGAAAGGCCCAAUCGGCGGCGACGACGACGCCGGCUCCAAGAUGGGAUUCGGCAAACUUCUCGGGAACAUGAAGCCGAACGGAAGCGGGAACCCCUCAGCCAAGUGCGGCCCCGCCAUCUUGGACGCUCCCGUAAUGCCUUGCUCCAACGCCAUCCGGGGCUUUCCUCUCCUGCCACACGUGGAGGAAACCUCCGCUUUCAAGCACGUUGAGAGUCGCGUCCACGCCGGCUUGUCCCCUUCCCGCUACCCCCACGUGCCCCCGGGACUCCAUUUUGAACGGUUCUCCCUGCCUCACCUCGACGGCGUUAAGACUUAUGGCGGCGACUGCAACAUCCCUCUUAUGCCCUUCACGCUCUACAACGGCGAGCUGCUGUACAGUUCCCCGUAUUACCCUCUUAAAUUCCAUUUCAGCAACCUCCUCAAGUACCCAGACUCCAUGUCCUACUUCGGAGCGCCCCCCAUCAGCCAAGACCUGGGCGCCAUCACCAACAUCGACCGGGAGAUCGCCAUGCACACGCAGCAGCUCUCCGAAAUAGCCGCGGAAAAGAACCGCGCCCGACUGGACCCUUUGCCGGCGAGCAGUAACGGCAACGCCGGCUCCGGCAAACCCAAAAAGGGCCACUUGUGUCUGUACUGCGGUAAACUGUACUCUCGGAAAUACGGCCUGAAAAUCCACAUGAGGACUCACACCGGCUACAAGCCGCUCAAGUGCAAAGUGUGCUUUCGGCCUUUCGGGGACCCCAGCAACCUGAACAAGCACAUCCGGCUCCACGCGGAGGGCAACACCCCGUACAGGUGCGACUUCUGCGGCAAGGUUCUAGUGCGGAGGCGGGACCUGGAGAGGCACGUCAAGUCCAGACAUCCGGGUCAGACCGUCCGGAAGUUGGACGACAAGGCCGGUUUGUUUGAAGGCGCGGAGCCGAAGAGCGAUAACGACAGCGACGUGGACGUCUGCUUCACGGACGACCAAAGCGAGCCCGAAUCCAGCAAGAAUAACGACUAAGACAAUUUGACAUUUUUUUAAUGUACAAUUUCACCAUAUAUUGAUACUUCUCUCGCCCCUGUCCUAAUAUUGCCAUGUUUAUUUAAAAACUAUAUCCUAAAGCAGAGGUCCCCAACCACCGGGCCGCAGAAUAUUUUUUUUAUUAAUUUUUAUUUAAAAAAAUAAAGUAAAAAAAAUAAUAAUAA